GAAGGUGUGAAGGUAGAAAUGAAAUGUCAAUAAAGUCAGUUGAUGUGUGACCGCCAAACAGCACACUACACUUUUACUUGGUGUCAGAAGUGAAUUCUGAAAAAUGGAAAACCAAGAGCAGAAUCAAGUUCAAGCAGCUCAAGCAGCUCCAGAUGUACCAGCCCGUGUGCUGGUAGCUCCACCGAAGCCUUUGGAGCUGGAGAGAAAUAUGAAAGCAGCGUGGAAGAGUUGGAUUAGCUCCUAUGAAUGGUACGCAAAGGCAAACCGUGUCAACAGGCAAGACGCCGACAUUCAGGCGGCCAUUUUUAUGUCAACGAUUGGGAAAAAUGUCCUAGAGAUUUUUGAAGGAUUUGGUCUAACAGAGGAGGAAAAGGAGGAUGUGAAUAUCAUCAAGGCGAGAUUCCAGCAGUAUUUCAUCCCGAGAGCAAAUGAUAUCUAUGAAGGAUUUGCACUGAGGCAAAUUAUGCAAGGGGAAGAUGAGAAGUUUCAUGAAUUCGUGACUAGAUUGACGGUUCAGGCGAAGAAGGCCAAUUAUCAGGCAUUGACGGAUAGGAUGAUUCUAGAGCAGCUCGUGAUUGGGGUUCGCUGGGAGAAAAUGAAGGAGAAAUUGUUGAGCACCCCAGACAUAACCUUAAAUCAGGCAAUUGAUUUCUGUCUCGCCUAUGAGCUUGCUCUAGCCCAAAAGGAAGCGAUAAUUAAGUCUGAAAAGGUAGACAAGUCUGAAGUGAAAGUCGAUGCCAUACAAAAGGAGGCCCCAAAAGAGAAAUCAGGCAAGGAAUAUGACUGCCAAAGGUGUGGAAGAAAACAUGCAUUCAGGAGGUGCCCAGCAUUCGGCAAGGAAUGCAGGAAGUGUGGAGAAAAGGGGCACUUUGCCAAUUGUUGCAAGAAGGAAGCUGUGAAAGUGCAAGAAGUGAAAGUAGAGGAUCACGAUGAUGAGUUGGAAACAUUCAAGAUUUGUGAGGUUAGUUCCCGAGACAGGAAGAGUGCCUGGAUCCAUACGUUGAAAUGCAGAGGAGAAUCUUUUGCAGUGAAGAUAGACACAGGAGCUGACUGUUGUGUUAUUAAUGCAAAAGUACUGGGCACGCUGAAGGUGGAUACAAUUGAAGCCUCUAAAGUGAAGAAGUUGAUAACUUACAAUGGAAGUGAGAUUCCAGUGCUGGGACAGAUUGUACUUCCGUGCUAUUUUGGAAGCGAAGAGGUGCCUCUUACCUUUCAGGUGAUAAAGACUCAGUGUAUGCCUGUCAUUGAUGGCGAAGCUGCCAUUAAAGCUGGACUAAUCAAGAGACUACUUGAAGUGAAGUUUCCAGAGGAAGUUUUCGAGGGUUUGGGCUGUGUUAAGAAUUUUACGUACGAAAUUGAUCUCAUUGAUAACCCAAAAUUCACAGUGCACCCAGCUCGAGUGAUUCCUUAUCCGGUGAGAGACGCAGUGAAGAAAGAGUUGGAUAAGAUGGAGCAAUUGGGUGUUAUCAAAAAGUGUGUGAAAGCGACAGAUAGUGUUUCCCCGCUAGUGGUUGUCAGGCGCAAUGGGAAAAUUCGACUUUGUGUGGAUUUCACGGAUUUGAACAAAAACAUCAAGAGGAGGCAUUUCCCAUUGAGUACAAUCGAGGAGAUUUCAACAAGGCUCUCAAGAAGUACACGUUUCACGAUUCUUGACUGCACUAGAGGGUUUUGGCAAGUGCAGAUCGCGGAGAAAUCACAGGAUUUGCUGACUUUUGCAACUCCAUGGGGCAGAUUUUCUUGUAAGCGACUCCCCUUCGGUUUGGCUUCGGCACCGGAAGUGUUUCAGUUGAUGAUGUGCCAACUCUUUCGAGGAGUAGAUGGCGUGGAAGUAAGUAUGGAUGACAUACUUAUUCACGCAAAGGAUGAAUCAGCGCUGGCGGAAAAGACAGAGCAGGUGAUGAAAAUUAUUCUGGAGAGUGGGCUGAAAUUGAAUCGUGAAAAGUGUGUUUUUGACCAGCCCGAAGUGAAGUUCUUGGGUCAUAUAGUGUGCAAAGAGGGACUUAAGGUGGAUCCGGCAAAAGUUGAGGCAAUCAAUCAGCUGAAGGAACCUGAGGAUGUUAAGGCUUUGCAGCGAUUGCUAGGAGUUACUAAAGAAAUGAGUGACUUGGUGGAGACAUGUCGAGUAUGCCAGGCUAAUCAGCGAAUGCACACAAAGGAAACACUACUGAUGAAGGAGGUUCCAGAGUUACCGUUUGAGAUUGUGUCCUCGGAUUUGUUCUCCUUUCAAGGCGAUGAUUUCAUCCUACUAGCAGACUCGUACAGUGGCUACUAUGACUUUGCAAAGUUGAGAAAUACGACGUCGGAGUCAGUGAUUGUCUACCUGAAGGACAAGUUUGCGGAACACGGGGUCCCAAGAGAGUUGCACACUGAUGGAGGGCCUCAAUAUAGUUCCAAGGAAUUCAGAGAAUUUGCAAAACAGUGGGGUUUCGAUCACAAGAUUUCCAGCCCAUAUUUUCCCCGUUCUAAUGGGCUCGCCGAACGGUAUGUGCAGUCGGCAAAGAAUUUGCUGAAAAAGUGCCGAAUGGACAAGCAAGAUAUUCGCCUAGCCUUGCUACUGGACAGAAAUUCACCGAAAGAGACGUUGAGAAGUCCUGCAGAGCGCCUUCUGGGUAGGAAAACAAGGAAUCCACUGAUUGUGAGCAGCAACUCGUUGAAACCGAUUCUUGUCAAUGACAACUCAAGUCAACUGCAGAUUCUCCGCGAUAAACAGAAACAGUACGCCGAUAGAGGCGCAAAAGAGUACUCGCAAAUGCCCAUCGGAACUAGGGUGAGGUUGAAGGAUCAAGAUGGCAGAUGGUUAGCAGGAGAGAUUGCUGAUAAAGCAACAGAUCGAUCAUAUGUUGUGAAGCUGGAGGAUGGUCGGGCAGUUCGUAGAAAUCGAAGGUUCAUUGCCCCGACAAAAGUGCAAGGAAAUUUUUCUCACGGAAGUUCUGUAGAUGUGGAUGUGCCAGAUGUCCAAACUCCGGCUGAAAAUGACGAUUUAGGCGAACAGGGGGAGGAGAAUAGGGAAGAUCCGAUGCCAGUAGUUCCAGUUGAGGAGAAUGUGCUCGCACCAAGCCCAUCAGUGAGGACAAGGUCGGGCAGACUAGUGGUUCCGCCACAACGGCUAAAUCUUUAAAUUUCUUUAAUUUUGUUAAAUUACUUUUCUUUAUUAAAACGAGGAGGAUGUGAAGGUAGAAAUGAAAUGUCAAUAAAGUCAGUUGAUGUGUGACCGCCAAACA